AGCACAAGACCGUUGAACGCAACGCACGGAGUGGUUCCACGGCCAGGCCGCCACAGAAGGCCCAUGACGGCUCCAAAGACUCAGAAAGAGAAAUCGUCUAAGACGAAGAGGGCGUUGUUGACUGUCGCUGCAGUUGUGGUGUUGCUGGGGAUCCUGAUCACCGCGGCGUACUUCAUAAAGCAGCUGAUCGACAGCAAAUACUUUUUCUGCAACAAGGCUUUCAAGUUCAUCCCCCUAGAUCAAACGUGUGAUGGAAAGGAUGACUGCAAAGGAGGAGAAGACGAACUAACGUGUUUGUCAAGCUUCACGGACAACGUUACCUUUCCAGUGCGCCUCAUAACACGUCAGAGCGUCUUGCAGGUGUACAAUCCCAGCUUGGGAUGGAGGACCGUGUGUAGCGAAGGCUGGACCAAGGAGCACACGCAGACAGCGUGCUCGCAAUUGGGAUACACAAAAGAACCUCAAAGUACCGAAGUUCAAGUAAACACGUUACCAUCUAACCUGAAAUCUGGACCUUUUGGUGCACUCAGGUUAUCAACAGCAAAAAUACCUGUUCACCAAGCUAUAUUUGACCGGAGCGCAUGCAAAUCUGGAGCUGUUGUCUCUUUAUCUUGUUCAGACUGUGGUCAGGGGGACCCCCAGUACCGUAUUGUUGGAGGUACGGAUGCUGUCAUAGAAGACUGGCCAUGGCAGGUGAGCCUUCAGCAGAAUGGGCAACAUACCUGCGGGGGCUCCCUAGUUUCUCCACGUUGGGUCGUCACAGCAGCUCACUGCUUCAGUGGCAGUAAAAAGGAGCUGAGUCGCUGGAAAGUGGUGUCAGGUCGGACACACAUGAGCAUGCUUGGAGGGUCCUCUGUGGAUAGGAUUAUCCUGAAUGGAAAGUAUGACCCAGCUCGCAAUGAUUAUGAUGUAGCACUCAUGAGACUCGCCAGACCAAUUGAAGUGGGAGAAAGCCGGAGGCCUGUUUGUUUUCCUCCAAAAGACUUCGGGCUUGCUCCUUCAUCCUCAAUGGUAGUGACCGGUUGGGGCUACCUGGAGGAAAAUGGAAACAUCUCUCCGUCACUGCAAAAAGCCAACAUCGCUCUCAUCGAAAGGCGCAAGUGCGCCAGCCCGACCGUGUAUGGGAGCGCCAUCACUUCUAGGAUGAUCUGCGCUGGUUUUCUGGAGGGGAAAGUGGACGCAUGUCAGGGGGACAGCGGUGGGCCGUUAGUGCACUUCACGUCGUCAAAAUGGUACCUGAUUGGCGUCGUGAGCUGGGGCGUUGGCUGCGGCAGGGAGGGGCGUCCUGGUGUCUACUGUAACGUCGACGAGAUGCUCAACUGGAUUCACGUCGUCAUCGAGGUUAACAAAAAAAAUCUCAAACAUUUUGCCAAUUGUGGUAUUGUUUCUCAUUUGGCAAGCGAAUUCAUGGUGUCACAGGAGUGUAAAGGAUUUUCAUAG